AGCGGGCUUAUGUUUUGAAUGGGAAUAUUUUGAAGAAGCAAACAAAAGAUUCAUGAGAUUUCCAUUCCAUUCCACCUUAUAUAGGAGAGAGAGAAAACGGAAGAGAGAGCCAGUGAGAGAAAGCCAGUGAGAUACGGUGAAGACAGAUUUUGGACGCGAGAGAGAGAGAGGUAGAAAGGGACAAUCAAGACAGAUGUUGGACGACAGAGGGAGAGAGAGGGAGGCAGAGUGUGACAAAAACAGAGCUCCUUUCUGAAAUCUUCUCGGUUCUUUUUGGCAAGAAGUUUCUUAGUACUUUCAUGUCCAGGUUGGAGAUAUUAGAUGGGUCAAGUUGGAUUAGAAUGGUGGAGUCUUAGGAGGACGGCUGCAAUGGUUGUGAUUGGUUUUCUUCUAGCAGCUUCAGUAGUUGCUUCAGCACAAGAAACUUUGGAACAAGAUGCUUCAAGUUACAGUGGGAGUGAUAAGUUUCAACCCGAUUAUUUCGAGAGAGUGUUGAACUUUCUUUGGCAGCCGGGUCGAUUGGGUUAUGAGCAUGUUUGGCCUGAACUGAAAUUCGACUGGAAAAUUGUUGUCGGUACAGUAAUUGGAUUCAUCGGUGCUUCUUUUGGGACUGUUGGUGGAGUUGGUGGAGGUGGCAUUUUUGUUCCAAUGCUCACUUUGAUUAUAGGAUUUGAUGAGAAAUCUUCAACGGCAAUAUCGAAAUGUAUGAUCACUGGUGGAGCAGCUGCAAGUGUUUUCUACAAUUUGAGGCUAAGGCAUCCGACACUUGAUCUGCCGAUCAUCGACUAUGACCUGGCACUUCUUUUGCAACCAAUGCUUUUGCUUGGGAUCAGUAUUGGAGUUUCUUUCAAUGUUAUCUUUGCUGACUGGAUGAUCACAGUGUUGCUAAUUAUUUUUUUCUUAGGCACAUCAACGAAGGCAUUCUUGAAGGGUGUUGAGGCAUGGAAAAGAGAAACUGUAAUGAAACAGGAGUUUGCCAGACUAAUGCAGUCAGAUGGUAAUUCUAGUGACGAAGUUGAAUACGGACCUCUAGCUAGUGGCCCAAACAAUGUCAUUCUAUUAGGCACCAAGGAAUUUAAAAGAACAGAGGUUUCUAUUAUUGAGAAUGUUUACUGGAAGGAAUUACUACUACUUGUUGCUGUCUGGGUCAUAAUACUUGCGUUGCAGAUUGCUAAGAAUUACACCACAACUUGUUCAGCAGAAUACUGGGUAUUAAAUCUCCUGCAGAUCCCUGUGGCUUUCGGAGUAUCUACGUAUGAGGCAGUUAACCUGUACAAGGGGCGCAGAGUAAUUGCAUCCAAGGAAGAAUCAGGCACAGAUUGGAAAGUGCACCAGCUUGUUCUGUAUUGUGCCUGUGGCAUCAUAGCUGGGAUAGUUGGCGGAUUGCUUGGUCUUGGUGGAGGGUUCAUUCUGGGACCUCUUUUUCUUGAGCUGGGAAUCCCACCUCAGGUAUCUAGUGCAACUGCCACAUUUGCAAUGACGUUCUCUGCAUCCAUGUCCGUUGUUGAGUACUACCUCCUCAAACGUUUUCCGGUCCCUUUCGCUGUCUACUUUGCUGUUGUGUCCAGCCUGUCUGCCCUUGUAGGCCAACAUGUGGUGAGAAAGGUGAUCAGUGUAUUAGGCAGAGCAUCUAUAAUUAUCUUCAUUCUGGCCUCCACAAUCUUUGUGAGUGCAAUAUCACUAGGUGGGGUUGGCAUAGCAGAUAUGAUUGGAAAGAUAGAGCGCAAAGAAUACAUGGGAUUUGAAAACAUCUGCAAUUAGCAGGGCUAGUUUUAGUGACUUCUGUCUUCACUUUCCCAAUCUCAAGCUUUCUGGACCUACGAAUUGGCUGGUCCUAUAAGUUGUCUCCAACUCCCUUUCUGGGAACAAAAGCAUAUGUUGACCUGUAUUUGUCUUUUGCUUUUGUUUUUUUUUUUUUCAAUAUUAUAUAUCCAAUGGGAAGGAAGGAGGUGUUGAUAACUCAUUAAGUUAUGGUCUAUGAUAUGAAUUGAAUGUAAAGGAGGUGGGCAUGGUGGUGUUAACAACCUUUCUACCUGGGUUUAGGUUUGGGUUCAGGCUCAGGAUAGGCAUGUCCCACAGCUUGUGAUCUAAGACUCUAUCUGUCUUGUGUGGUAUUGUUUUGCUUGUCUAGUCAAUUCUAGCUAACAUCACGUGUUUUAAAUUUAUAUAAUAAUAUAAAAAAAAGGUUUGUAGGUCCA